AACUUCUUCUCAACCACCACCGUCUCCGCCGCCAUGUCCCCUCUCCUCCUCCUCCUCCUCACCGUCUUCUCUCUCCUCUCCUCUUCCCUCUCUCAGCCCUCUCCUCCUUCAGCGAUUCUAAUCGAUUGUGGCGCCUCUUCCUCCUCCGUAAUCGACGGCCGACAAUGGCAAUCCGACGAGAAUUUCGUCUCCAGCGGAACACCAAAAAACGUCUCCGAUCAAGUGCUCGACGAAAUUUUAUUCACCGUCAGAUCUUUCCCUCUUGACCUCGACGGAACUCGUCACAAGUUUUGCUACGUGAUGAGCGUUUCUCGUGGCUGGAAGUAUAUGAUCAGGACGACAUACUAUUACGGAGGAGUUAACGGUAAAGGUACUCCACCGCCGGUAUUCGAUCAAAUUGUCGAUGGGACGUUGUGGGGGAUCGUCAAUACCACCGCCGAUUACGCCGAUGGUCUUGCUUCUUAUUACGAAGGGGUUUUUCUGGCGCAAGGGAAAUCUAUAAGCGUCUGCAUUGCUUCUAAUUCUUAUACAACUUCUGAUCCAUUUAUCUCAGCCUUGGAGCUCGUUAGGCUUGAUGGUACUCUUUACAAUUCCACUGACUUUACCACUGUUGGGAUGAGUCUUGUUGCUAGGCAUGCUUUUGGAUACAGUGGACCAAUCAUCAGGUUUCCAGAUGAUCAGUUUGAUAGGUUUUGGGAGCCUUAUUCGCUAAAUUCGACAGUACCAAACAAUAGGAAACUAGAGGUUUCUGGUUUCUGGAACCUUCCGCCUUCGAGGAUAUUCAACACCGAUCUAAGAGCUACACAAGUUCAGCCUUUGGAGUUCACAUGGCCCCCAAUGCCCUUAACAAAGGCUACUUAUUAUAUUGCGCUUUACUUUGCUCAUGAUUCUGACUCGAUGGGCGAUGGAUCCAGAGUCUUCGAUGUUUCUGUCAAUGGUAUAACAUAUUAUAAAGAGUUGUCUGUCACUCCAGCUGGUGCGGUUAUCUUUUCGAGCAGGUGGCCUCUUGAAGGUCUCACAACGUUAACUCUAAGUCCUAGAAGUGGUUCAAGCCUUGCCCCUCUUAUCAAUGGUGGUGAAAUGUUUGAGUUGGUACCUCUUGGAGGCAAAACUCUUGUUCGAGAUGUAACUGCUAUGAAUGCAAUUAAAAGCAGUUUCAAGAACGCACCAGCUGAUUGGAGUGGGGAUCCUUGUUUGCCUAAAAAUUACUCGUGGUCUGGAAUUUCCUGCUCUGAAGGCCCCCGAAUUCGUGUAGUCGCUCUGAACUUGACUAAUAUGGGCGUUUCAGGUUCGCUAGCACCUGCAGUUGCCAAAUUAACAGCAUUGUCCUCCAUUUGGCUGGGAAACAAUUCUCUCUCAGGAAGUUUACCUGACUUCAGUUCACUCAAACGGCUGGAAUCAUUGCACUUUGAAGACAAUCGUUUCACUGGAAAUAUUCCUUCAUCUUUAGGUGGAGUGCCACACUUGCGAGAGCUGUUCUUGCAAAACAAUAACCUAACUGGCCAAGUUCCGAACAAUCUUCUUAAGAAGCCUGGACUGAACCUAAGGACUUCUGGUAACCCCUUUUUGACUCAACCGUCACGUUGAUUCGGCCUUCUAAGAAGAAGAAGAUGACAAUGAAUUGAGUUUGUGUUAUAAUUUUGUAGAGCUUUGUGUGUAAAUUAGAAGCCUCACGUGUACAAUCUAUUUAACAUAUCGAAAUGCUUCAUUCUUUGAACACUUUGGGGGAUAAGAGAAAUACUACUGAUUGCAUGGGUUGUAUCAUUCUAUUGUGUAAUGAAAACGUACAUUGUAAUACGAAUCUUGUGAUAAAUGGAGUUUGUGUUU